CAGCGCUGGGCGCGCGGACGAUUCAGCGGCCUGUAACCAUGCGCGGCUUGGAGAAGCAGGGUCCGUGUGCUACAGCGCACCCAUGUGGGUGCGCUCAGCCGGCCCUGGAGACAGGGAAUCUUCUUACUGAGCCCAUAGGGUACUUGGAGUCAUGCUUCUCAGCCAAGCUUGGUACUCCAAGGCAGCCAUCCAUUUGUAGCCACUCCAGAGCCUGUUUGAAGAUCAGAAAGAGCAUCUUUAACAAUCCUGAACAUUCCUUGAUGGGCCUAGAACAGUUUUCCCAUGUUUGGAUUUUGUUUGUUUUUCACAAAAAUGGCCAUUUGAACUACAAGGCAAAAGUGCAGCCGCCCAGGCUGAAUGGGGCAAAGACUGGGGUGUUCUCCACACGGAGCCCUCACCGCCCUAAUGCAAUAGGACUGACGCUGGCCACGCUGGAGAAGGUGGAAGGCGGAGCUGUGUACCUGUCUGGAAUUGACAUGAUAGACGGCACACCUGUGCUCGACAUAAAGCCCUACAUUGCUGACUACGACUCACCACAGAGCUGCAGUGUACAGAACAGCCACCAUAAUCCGGGGGCUGCAGCCCCGUCUGAUGGUACAGCCAGCAGUUGUGACCAGCGGCCGCUCUCAGGGUGUGGGAAAGCACAGCCUCGCCAUAGCACCAAGGAGAGACCGAAAUGCCUUGAAAAUAGGACCUCAGAAGAAAACUCCCAGAAGUCUAGAGUCAUGUCAGAAAUCCAGCACACUUUGCCAGAGGACAGAGAGAGAGCAGUGGAUUUGGCACUGGAACCAAGCAGAGGUGGGAGCCUGGAUAUGCCAGAAGUUCAGCUUGGCCCACAGGAGCUGAAGAGCUUUCUGGAAGAAGGCACAGACAGACCAAGGAAAGUGGAAGGUGCCUUGGUCCUGCGGGGGAGCAGUGCAGAAACACAGCAGGAUGCUUCCUGCCAUGCCAGGACAGUUGACAGAGUGCCCUGCAGUGUUGUCCCCAGCUGGGUGAAGGAGGCCCCCGUAGCCCCUUUACGAGUCCGGUUUACUCCUCAUGCAGAGAUGGAUCUGAGGAAGCUCAGUUCAGGAGAUGCUAGUCAGACGUCAUUUAAAUACUUUCAUUCCGCAGAGGAAGCCAAGUGUGCCAUUGAGGCUGUGCUGUCAGCAGACCCUCGGUCUGUGUACCGCCGGAAGCUCUGUGAGGACCGCCUUUUCUUCUUCACUGUGGACACAGCACACGUCACGUGCUGGUUUGGUGAUGGCUUUGCAGAGGUUCUGAGGAUUAAACUGGCUUCGGAGCUUGUUCAGGCGGCUGACCCUGAGGAAUCCUUGGUGGCCCUGGGGUCUUGAGGAGUCCACUGUGUUUUCAGGAGCUCCGUUGGCCUUUGGAUGUACCUGCUCUUGUCAUCUUACUGGUUUGAUUGGCACUGUUUAAAAUAUUUAUGUGAAGGAAAUUUUGUUUUUUGUUUUAC